UCUCACAGGCGAAUAGAGUGAGCGGCCGUCCAAGACCCCCGACUCCUCGCCUCGUAGUAGUGAGUGCCGUUUGUCUGCGAGUGUGGUAAGCUCUCACGGGUAGCUGUGUGACCAUUAUGUUUGAGUUGAAGGAUACCUAAGGACGCUUGCCAAGAUGUCGUCGACGAUGCUGGAAGAACUGGAGAUUAAGGAACCUACGCCUAGCAUCGCACCCAGCCAGUCCGAGAAUGUCCCGUAUGCUAAAAAAUGGAGAGUUCUGCUCGCGGUCUUGCUCGGCGUCACCAUCAUCGGCUUCUGCCUCCUGGGUUUCUACCUCAGCACCAAAACCCGUACGAAAUACUACGUGCAACCCGAAAUCCCGCACACUACGACACCCAAACCCGACAUCCGGUGGCGCGAGAAGACAGACAGUUGCCCGAGCGUCACGGACAAUGCAUGCCCGAAAGAUGUGCCCCUACUCGUCAUUGGAAUCGACGGCUUGCACCCCGACUUCAUACACCCAGAGCAUACCCCUGCCUUAUCCUACAUGAAAAGAUGCGGAGUCACAGCUGACAGCCUGGUACCUACCUACCCCACAACCACCUUUCCGAAUUUUUAUUCUAUCGCGACGGGUCUUUACCCCGAGAGCCAUGGUAUCAUAGGUAACAAAAUGUAUGAUCCCAAGAUUAAGAAGGAAUUCGAAGUCAACCGUUAUAUUUCUGACUGGUGGCGAGGGGAUCCGAUAUGGAACACAGUAAAUAAGAAUGGUAAAAUUUCAUCUGUCUAUAACUGGCCUGGAUCCGAUGUCACCAUUAACGGCAUGAAUGCCAACAACUAUUUUCCAUAUCGCGACAAGGAACCCAUGGACGCGCGAACCAAACAGGUCGAAAACUGGUUAUCCUCUUCGGCUGAUGAACGGCCAAAUAUUAUCAUGGUGUAUUUUGAGAAGCCCAUGUCCGACAUCCAAGAAUUCGGACCCUUAUCUGAUGAGGCUAAGUAUUCACUCAACUUAGUGGAUAAAGAAAUUGAGAAACUCAUGAUAGCCUUGAAUGCCACCGGCCUCGCCCGCUGCCUGAACACCUUGGUGGUUUCUGACCACGGGGCCGCCAGUGCCUCCUGCGCCUCUUCCUUCUACCUUGAGAGCUUCUAUCCAAAUAUCACUGCAAAGGCAAAAGUGUACACGGGUGCUGUGGGAAGACUAAGGGCAGCUUCAGGAAACAAAGAAGUGGAAGCCGAGAUCCUAUCGGUGUCCCAGUGCAAGAAUCCCCGAGUACGAGUUCUCCAAAAGUCUCUCCUGCCAAGAAGAUACCACUAUGCAAAUAACCACCGAAUAGAAGAUGUUAUUUUGGACACGAAACCAGGUACCCGGGUUGUAAUAGACUUUAAAAAUUAUUGUAAGAAAGGUGAACAUGGAUUCAAUAAUUUGGAGCCAAGUAUGCAGGCAACUUUCAUUGGUUAUGGACCACAUUUGAAAGAGAAUUAUACAGCGCGUAGCUUCCGGAAUGUUGAGCUAUACAACCUGAUGAGUCUGCUUGUUGGCGUCAGGCCAAGUGCCAAUAAUGGCACACUGGGUAGCAUGGACCAAUUCCUACGCAACAAGCCGGACCGACCUGACAAUCACAAGAAUUUCCUGGAGGAAGAGGUAUUGCCUCUAGUCAGAAGGAGAAAAGUUCCUGAGAAUGCUACGGAAGAAACGUGUGUAUGUAACUUCAUAGAGCAAGUGGAACCUGAUGUAAGUUUAAAUAGUUUUUUUUUUCUCUCUCUCUUUACUUUGGUGAUCAUGUUUUGAAGAGAUUGCGAUGGAUUUAUGCUGUAUUUCGAAGGGGAGGGGGGACUGGAUGUAUUAUAAAAAAGUAAACGAAAGUGGAAAAUGAAAAGACCGAGACAAUUAUCGCAUUGUCGAUGAGAAAGAAAAAAGGAAAAUUGAAGAAGAAAAGAAAUCGAGUUCAGAUUCAGUCACGGAAUUUUCGACCCGGUAUUACGCGAACGAAUGAACAAACCCCAUCCUUAGCUUACAAACUACCACAAAAAGAUGGAACCAAAAUCCUUCUAAACCCCCUUCCUUUUUAUUCAAUCAUCACAUUUUCUACCCGGCUACGUCACCAAUUACAAUAUCCUGUACUUUUACAGAUGCAAUGAGAGUUUACCUUAUGGCGAAAGGGAAGGAAAUGUUUUUGACGAUCUUCUGCGGCAGGAACACGGUUACUGUACUUCACAGAAUAUAUUGUCAUUCACGAGAUUGUGGCACUUUUAUUUAGCGUUUGUUUUUUCACCGGAAUGUCGAAUACGAAUCUAAAACACAAGUAGCACUGUAAACAAAUUUCACUGAGCACCGUGACAAGUGUUCAAGUUUACCGGUAGAUGGCGGCGCAGUGAAUGGAUGUUCAAGUAUUUCUAAUAAAUCUACGUACAGAGUAAUGUACAACG